GGCCCCAGGUCUACAAUUUUUCUUGUGGAACGUAAACGCAGCAUCACUGAAGACGUUAUAGAAGGAAGAUAAACAUGGCGUCCGGGCAACAGUGGGUGUUGGUGGAAAUGGUGCAAGCGUUUUAUGAGGCUCCUGCCUAUCACCUGAUCCUGGAGGGCAUCCUCAUCCUGUGGAUCAUCAGACUUCUGUUCUCCAAGACCUACAAGCUUCAUGAGACCUACAGACUGACAGAGAAGGAAAAGGAGGACCUGAUUGAGGAGUGGCAGCCGGAGCCUCUGGUUCCUCCCGUAUCCAAAGACCAUCCCUCCCUCAGUUAUGAUGUUGUCACAGGACCUCCCAGCCACAACAUCAUAAUCAAUGGGAAAGAGUGCAUUAACUUUGCAUCAUUUAACUUCCUGGGCCUCCUCGACAACGAGCGGGUUAAGCAAAAAGCUUUGGCAUCGCUGAAGAAAUAUGGAGUGGGCACAUGUGGUCCAAGGGGCUUCUAUGGAACCUUUGAUGUUCACCUGGAGCUGGAGAGUCGUCUGGCCAACUUCAUGAAGACAGAAGAGGCCAUCAUCUAUUCCUACGGCUUUGCAACCAUCGCCAGUGCAAUCCCUGCCUACUCCAAGAGGGGUGACAUCAUCUUUGUGGACGAAGCCGCCUGCUUCUCCAUCCAGAAGGGUCUCCAGGCGUCCCGCAGCUUCAUCAAAUACUUCAAACACAACGACAUGGAGGAUCUGGAGAGGCUGCUCAAGGAGCAGGAGCUGGAGGACCACAAGAAUCCUCGCAAAGCUCGAGUGACCCGGAAGUUCAUUGUAGUGGAGGGGCUGUACAUCAACACUGCAGACAUCUGUCCUCUCCCAGAACUGCUGAAGCUCAAGUACAAGUACAAGGUGCGGAUCUUUCUGGAGGAGAGCAUGUCUUUUGGUGUGUUGGGAGAACACGGCCGAGGAGUCACAGAACACUUCGGGGUCAAUAUAGACGACAUUGACCUGAUCAGUGCCAACAUGGAGAACGCCGUGGCGUCCAUCGGAGGCUUCUGCUGCGGACGCUCCUUUGUCAUCGACCACCAGCGUCUUUCAGGCCAGGGCUACUGCUUCUCUGCCUCGCUGCCUCCCAUGCUGGCUGCUGCUGCCAUCGAGGCCCUCAACAUCAUGGAGGAGGAUCCAGAUAUAUUCACGGUCCUGAGGGAAAAAUGCAAACACGUUUACACAGCGUUACAGGGAACUCCAGGUCUGAAGUUAGUAGGAGUGCAGUUUGCCCCGGCGCUUCACCUACAGCUGGAGAGAAGUUCUGGCUCCCGAGACUCAGACAUGCAGCUGCUCCGCACCAUUGUAGAAUAUUGUAUGGAGAGAGGAGUGGCUCUGACCCUGGCUCGGUACCUGGAGAAAGAGGAGCGUUUCCUCCCCUCCCCCAGUAUCAGGGUGGUGGUCACCAUCGAGCAGACGGACCAAGACAUCCAGAAGGCCGUGUCCUGUAUCCAGGAGGCAGCGUCGGCCGUCCUCAAAUGACUGGCCACCUGGAGCACACAUCCCUGGGGUGUUAGCAGCCGUCCACUCAGGGGGCGGGGUAGGACAGCACUUGGUGGGGACACUCCUGACUCAACGUGUCAUCAUUAUUGUUACUGACAAUUACACGUUCUGUCUGCCAGCCUGGCCUUUGUUUGUCUCUUUUAAUUCUCUGUCUCUGUCUUUUGUUCUCAUCCAUCAUGUGUAGGGCUGGGUAUCGUUCUAAAAUAUUCCAUACCGAUACCAAUACCGUGACUUUGAUACCGUGUCCUAAACUAUACUUUGUGCCAUACCAAUUUUAUAAAAAUGAAAUAAAAUGACAACAUUUCACAUUA